AUACAGCAGUAACAGCAGAAAGGCUAGUCGGAGAGAAACUGCAGUGUGUGUGUGUAGUUUUUUCCCCCACUGAUCUAAUCAAUUUAACACUUCGGUCCUGAGGUCCGUGCUUUUGUGUGAAUGUCAGCAUUGAAUGUGGAAACAGAGCAGUGCACUCGGGAUGGUGCAAUAGACCAGGCUCACCUUUUAACGGGAGAAAAUAAGGGAAAGUAAGACUGAAGAACACCUCCCCCUGAAGUGCAGGUUUCCUCUUUUUCUUUAAGACUCUUUCAAAGUGUCCUGAGCGCACUUCACAAGUUACUCCAGGGAGUCAAGAACCUUGCAAGAUACCACUGCGAUUGCCACUGACCAGCCAGCAUCCCUGAACUGUGCGCAGCCUAGCCAUCGAGAAUGAAGUGGAACUUGUUCAAGAAGAAGCCGGAGGCCAUUGUGGGGCCGGAGCCCACCGGCACCAGCACCAUGACGAUGACCCCUGCCCCCGUCGUCUCUACAGUGGCUGACAACUCGACAGAGUCUGAAGGGCCCCUGAACAAGAAUGACGUCUUCGAGGAGAUCAAGAACAAGUUUCUUAAUGAGAUUGACAAGAUCCCAUUGCCACCCUGGGCCCUCAUCGCCAUUGCCGUGGUCGCCGGCCUCCUCAUCCUCACCUGCUGCUUCUGCAUCAUCAAAAAGUGCUGCUGUAAGAAGAGCAAGAAGAAAAAGGGGAAGAAAGGGAAGGGAGAUAUGGGCAUGAAAAACAUGAAGGGAGGAGAGAAACAACAGGAUGACGACGAUGACGAUGAUGCAGAGACAGGGCUGACUGGAGAUGAGAAGGAGGAAGAGGAGAAAGAGGAAGAAAAGCUUGGGAAGCUGCAGUACUCCCUGGAUUAUGACUUCCAGGACAACAAGCUCACCGUGGGCAUCCUCCAGGCUGCCGACCUCAUUUCCAUGGACGCGGGCGGCACAUCCGACCCCUACGUGAAGGUCUUCAUCCUGCCCGACAAGAAGAAGAAGUUUGACACCAAAGUACACAAGAAAACUCUCAACCCUGUCUUCAACGAGUCCUUCGUAUUCAAGAUUCCCUACCAGGAGCUUGGGGGGAAAACCCUUGUGAUGUCCGUCUACGACUUUGACCGCUUCUCCAAACAUGACAUCAUCGGGGAGGUAAAGAUCGCCAUGAACCAGAUUGAUCUGGGCCAGCCCAUCGAGGAGUGGAGAGAUCUGGAGAGUGUAGAAAAAGAAGAGCCAGAGAAGCUGGGGGAUAUCUGCAUCUCCCUCCGCUAUGUCCCCACAGCUGGGAAACUCACCAUCUGCAUUCUGGAAGCGAAAAACCUCAAGAAGAUGGACGUGGGCGGGCUCUCAGAUCCCUAUGUGAAGAUCCACCUUCUGCAGAAUGGUAAGAGGUUGAAGAAGAAGAAGACCACAGUGAAGAAGAACACCCUGAACCCUUACUACAAUGAAUCCUUCAGCUUUGAAAUUCCUUUGGAGCAGAUGCAGAAAAUCCAAGCUGUGGUCACAGUGCUGGACUAUGAUAAGAUUGGCAAGAAUGAUGCCAUCGGCAAGAUUUUUGUUGGCAGCAAGGCAUCGGGCACAGAGCUGAGGCACUGGUCCGACAUGCUGGCUAACCCUCGACGCCCCAUUGCCCAGUGGCACCCGCUCAAGCCUGAGGAGGAGGUGGAUGCCAUUCUGGCGGCCCUGGCUGGGAAGAAGUAACCCCCCCCACUUCACACCUCCACCCUCACCCCCCACCCCCACCCAACUAACCUACUAACCGACUAACUUGAUAUCCAACACUGCAUGGCAUUCAUGGAUUACCAACAAAAAUCAAACAAAAGCUGAACAAAAACAACCACAAAAAAUGUAAAAAAUAAAGUUAAGUGACUAACAACUGAAACCUUUUUUAUAUAGACCUCAGCAAUUUCCAUACGCAGAAAGACUGUACAGUGAAUAGGGAAAGUAUUUAUAUUGGAUAACUUGUAAUGUACCUUUAAAAAGGCAUGUUGCUUCAGAGGUAGUGAACUGCACUAUUGCUCAUUUGCAACUGAGGAGGGGGAGUUUUAGGCACUAAAUUAGGAACCCAGUUGCAAAUGAUAUCUGGGGAAAAACAGGCAUUUAUUUGGUAUAGAGGUAUGUAUGGCAUCUUCACCAUUCUGCUCCCUUUCCUUCAUAAACGGUAUGCUAAACGGCUGCCUGGGGCUUGGUCCUCAGGAACAGCAUGCUGGUGGGGGCACUCAUAAGGUGCCUGGCAUACCCCCAUAUAAACCAGCUAUCAUACACGCCUGAUUCAUGUCUGCAGUCCUUUCCUGGGAUGAAUAAGGCAUAGGGGACAAGAAAUAUAUGGGAUUGACCAUGUCAUCUAAAUCAAAGCUUUAGUGUUUUAUUUUUCCUUCUCCUCAGCCAUAUUCUUAGGUACAGUGUUUGUGAAAUAUUCAGUGAGACAAACACCAUUCUUUGUUAAGUGUAACAGUCCAUAUGGUUUGGGGGGGAAAGGUUUGCAAUGAUAUCCAAUGAGUGGCUACUCAGUGCUCACCUGACCUGAAACGCAAAUCCUGUAUAGCUUCGAACAUUAGCGUGUUUCAUUUUCUUAGCGUAACCUAAAGUAUUUAACAGUUUAGUUAAAUGGCGCAUGAGAACUACACGGCAUAUUUGUAAGUAGUAGCAUAUCUGUUGCUCCCUACUCGAGCGAUGCCCUAAGUACUGAUGUGUCCAUUGUUCUGAUGUAGAUAUCUGUUUUGAGACAAGGUGGGUUCUUCAUGAUUUUGAGUAUUUAUUGGGCAACUGUGUCUUCCACAAUUUUAACUUCCAUAUAACCUUCAUUGGAAACUGCAAACAUGAAGCUCAACAGGCAUCUACAGUAUUGUACUGCCUGCAAUCUACCACAUACUGUAUCAGCACCUGUAGUUUCAAAUUAUGAUCCAAAGCUAUGCCUAUUUACUCACUGGUUCACAAAUCCAUGCAUCCCUUUUACCAAGAGAACCAACUCUUUUGCAAAGUCAUGAGAUGUGAAAAAAUAUUUUACGUCAAAGAAACAAUGCAAUUGUUUUCCUUUUCCUCUUUUAUUUCACAUCAAUGGGACCUCACCCUAAAGCACUUUACAGUUGAAUACGUGUUGAAUUCUGUUUUAACAUGAUACACAAAAAAUAUAUUAAGCUUUAUUUUUGUUUAGGCAAAAAGUAAUACAAUUGUUGCCUGAACAAAACUAAGGAAUAGGUCAUUUGAAAUGUAUAUUACUAGAAUGGUUUAUAACAUUUUCAUGUUUUUAUUGUUGCUGAUUCAGCUGUCAUGUUUUUAAAUUAUCUCACAGUGCAGGCUAUGCCUUAAUAUAAAUAUACACAUGCAUUUUUUAUUUUUUAUUCAUGUUUCAUAUUUAUUAUUUGAUUGGAUGGAGAUUGUCAAAAAGAAGGUACUGUUAUAUGUGUUUCAAAUGUGAAUUACAGAACUGCUGAACUGAAUUGCACUAUAGGGUAAUUUUUUGUUCAAAAAGUGCUGCAAUUGUUUUUCUUAUGCGUGGUGUUAUGCUGAAUCAUCUUGAAUCUGCAUUGUGUGGUACUCAAGGCAGUCUGGCCAAAGAUUGCUCAUUUCUAUUGAAUGUGCAUGGAAAGGAUGAGAGUGAAAUACUUAUGAAUUUGCCUUUAAAACAUGCUUUUUAAAUGCCUUUCUGCAGACCCUGUAUUCAAUUCACCUGACAUUUUUUUCACAGUGUCUGUCUGAGAAUUUGGUGUCCUGGGGAGAAUGCAUUAUAAUAUGCUGCUCAGUUCCAGGGAACAGCUUGCAUGCUGUGCUUUUAUGUAAAUACUGGCACUAGCCAAGGUCAAAGGUGGCACUUGUGUGGAUAAUAUAUACAAACAUCUGGCCUGUGACUGGGAAGUAGUCAUUUCCUCAACUGAAAUCCUCAGGUUGCUCAAGAGAUGCAGUCCCUCUAUGCAUAGAGAAAGCAUCAAUGCUUGUCGGAAUAGAACUUGUUUUGCUUACCUUUCCUGUCGCACUAGCUUGAAGGGAUGGGUUGGUCCUAAGCAAUGUAGUUCACCUCCUUCUGAUAUUGUAUUAUGUUCAUACAAUGUGCUGAAAAAACAUCUGCAAAUUCUGAAAACCAUCAACGCUUUGGAUUUAUUCCUCCUCACAGUCUGACAGGAGCCCUAAUGUUUAUUUCAUUGGCUUUCAGGAAGCCCAUUCACUGAAUAAGUUUAUUUUUAUUAAUAAAAUAAAAUAAAAUUAAAAAUGUAAAAAAUAAAAAAAGUUAUAAAAUACUGAAAAAAAUGAUUGUUUAUCGCGUCCAGCACACUCAAAUUGUAUCUACAAAAUUGAUUUAACUGAUGCAGAUGUGAAUACACUGGUUGAGGCCAGAUAGUUUGUGAAAUCUUACCUUUUUCUGUGCAUUAAGAUCCCCUUGAAAAUGAGUAAACUGGUGAACAAGCAUGGGGGGGCUGCAUUCUUAGAGAAUUUAUAAAGACCUUUCCCCAUAUAAAUAUGGACAACUAUAAGUAUGGAAGGCAAACAAAAACUCUUCGGAUAUUUUCUUUUUGAACAUAGAUCAGCUGAGCCCCUGAACUGAUCGCCAUUGAUUUAAAAACAUCUGUAUUUAUAUCUUGCGUUCUGCAUUAACAUUCCCUCCAAUAUUGUUGUACAACUCAAAUUACUGUAUGUACAAUAUUGAUGAGAUUAAAUUGGAUGCAAUUCGUUUGAACAGUGUGAUUUGUUUGAGCCAGCUGAAAUAUUGUUGAAAGUAUUAUUCCAGACGUCAUUUCAGCAUAAUGAUUGACUUAUGUUUUGACAAAUGGCCAAUCAAUUGGAAGAACCUUGCCCCAUACCUUCACUAACAGUUGUUAAAUAAUUACAGUGCAAAAAUUAUACAUCAAAGCUCUCUCAGAAAGACCAAACAUAUUUCAAUGUCAUCUCUUUCCUCUAUUGAUCCAGAAACAUAGCAAGUAGGAAAAUAGAACAAAAUAGAACAUGCAAGCAAUCAAAAAUCCAUUGGUGUGUAAUUUUGCCUAUAUAUACAUAGAUCAUAUUUGUUAAUACUGCAUGUUUCUAUACAAUAUUGUAAAUAGCAGCAUGUUUUGAAGACAAAGGAAAGAUAUAUUGUGUAAGUGCGUGCCAUUUGUCAUUUUAAUAAUAAAAUGAAGAAAAAAAGAUGCACUGACUGUAUAUUUUCUAAAUGAAAUAAAUCUGUAUUUUCUGAGAAUGGGUAUGGGAAAGAAUGUACAAAAAUAAUAUAAUUAGUAAUAUUCAGACUCUAUCCAUGCCUGAACUACAUGUGAACAAGAGUAUUGUUUAGUGCUGUGUGUGAAUUAAUGUAGGAUGAUAAUCUUGCUGCAUGCUUGUUAUGUUUUUGUGAAUUUUCAUUGUGUUUUUUAAUUUUGGUUUGUUCAGUACUUAAUCUUUUUUUUUUCUUUUCCAAUAAACAGCAGUAAACAUGCCAGUUGUCUUGCACAUUGGGGGCUCCAAGGUGAAGUGAUUAGAAAUUCCAUUAUUCGCCUGUUUCAUACAUCAUCUGAGCCGGGCAGUAUGGCAGUGUUACUGUCUGCAUUUUAAAAUAAUGAUAUUUAUGAAAUAAUGGUUGAUUUUUAUUAUGAUUUUUUCCAGCGUUAGAAUAACACAUUUAACAUAUUAAUUUAUGUUAUAAUUAAAAUAACAACUUUCAUCUAUCACUGCUAUUGUGAAACUGCUAAAGAAAUGGGAAAUUGCUAAAUAUUUGCAUUUUUAUGGACAAACCACAUGGUUGAAUUGAGAUUCUCCCUUUUUUUAAGAAUUUCAAAAUUUUUUAAGAAUAUUUUUUAUGCACUUACUUUUUUGUUUGAUUUGUCUUAGCUACCAUACUUACUUCAACAUUACUACUGGUAUUUAGUCUUGGUAAACAAGCUUAUAACAGUAGUCUGAAGGGGGAAAUUAAGAGAACACCACUUCCACCACAGCUUCCUCAAGUCUUGGAGUCCCCUUUGUCUACUGUAUUCUAAACCUGUGUUUUGUGCCUGCUUAACAAUACUGUCUAUAUUGUUACAGGAUUUGGUUUACAACAUUUGACUGAACAACAUGUGUGUAUGUGUGUUUACAGAUUGUUGAACAAAAUAAAAUAAAGCCAUAAGACUUGAGCACUAAAACAUAGAGCUCAGCUGUGUAGAAUAUUUACUUACUAAAAACAUAUCUCUGUUAGCUCAACCCUGUGAAUAGCUUUUGCGUAUUAAGAGCACUUUUCGGUCCUGUAUCAUUUCAACUGGUGUACCUUAUCCUGUUGCAGCAAAAGCCAUUUUGUCAUGUUUAGCUUUUGAUAUUUUGAGUCAGUCUUUUGUUUUUGUUUCCCUGAUAUUUGUUCACUUCUUAAUUUUGUAUUUUUGAACUGUUAUUCAGAAAAUAAGAAGAGAAUGCUAGUUGCGCUUAGAGUAAUGCCAAUAUGUGUGAGGGGUUCUAUGUCAUCUGCAAUUUAUCUAUUUUUAUUAUUAUGUGUUGUGUGCUGUACUGUAGUGUUUGAAGGGUUAAUAUUAUAACCCUAAUGAUUAUGUAUAGUUUUGAUGCGGAUCUGUUUGCAUUUUUUGUUUGAAUCAUUAUUUUAUAUUUGUUUUGAAUGUUUCGCCCUCUGUUUUCCUGUACUGAUUGUGUGGGCUGGGCUGCUUGGUGGGGGAUGUACUUGCAUCAUCCUGGUAUGGAUUAAAUUGGCUUAUUCUGAUUGGCUAUUGGAAUACUUGUACCAGCAUGUAGUAUGUAAACCAUUUGUUGCAUCUGGCUGUAUACUUAUCAAUGGCAAAUGAACGCACUGAUGAAAGCAUUUAGCCGAAACAUUUGCUCUCUAGUUCCUUUUUUCUUUUGUAUAUAGUUAUUCUGUCACAUGCACCUUUAAGUUCGACACUGAUGUAAUAAAUUAGACUACGUUUUGGAACUAGUGUGCUUGUCCUAGCCUUUUGAUUUGCAGUGUGCAUAAUUACUUUUCGUAUUUUGAAAAUGUAAAGUUUUUUCACUUGUUUGUUUUGAAUUUUGCAAGUGUUUUAUGCUAACCCUGUAAAGGGAUGAACCAAUGAACUGUAGGUCUGUUUGUUUCUUUUUAGCAAGCAUUUUCAAUGCUGAGAAACUCCAGUGAUGUUCACAUCUGACAACAGAAUUAACCACAAAACGCUGCUUUUAUGAAUAUACUGGGCGCAGCUGUUUGCAUCCAAUUCCUGGUUCGCUUUUAUUAUGAAAACUGGACAUGCUUAGCUUGGGUAUUCAAUCUCUUAAUAAUCUAAAAGUAGAGAUCAAUAAUUAUUAGCUGAUGGAAAUAAAAUAUGUAGAUAAUGUGAACGGUAACCACUGAGCAGUAUCUAUCAUCAGGAUAAAGUAUGUCACAAUAACACAAAUAAAUACAUAUGUUUGUGUGUGUGUGAGGCGGGUAAGAUAAGACCUGGUGAUUGUUUACGCCAAAGUUUUAUGUUGACAUAACCUCCACAGUGAUUUGGUUUGUUAUAAAACAAAUCAUGUGUAACAUGCAAUUAUCUGUUCUAUAUACAUACUCUAUGGAUUACCAUUCUGAAUAUGUAUGAAACAGUUGAAUAUUUCAGUUAUUCAUAAAUCAUCCAAACAGUAAUGAAAUGGCAGGGAAAAUUUGUAUGUUGGUGCAAGCCCUUUAAAUAAUUAGUAGUGUGUGAAACCGAGAAGGCUCACAGUUAUUAAUUUCAGUGCAGACACUGAUAUCAGCAUUAAUCUGUCCAUUUCUGUUUUUCUUCCCUUCUUUAAUGGAUGUGCUAAAAUAAGAGGUAAAUAUGUUAUAUGAAAGAAAUCUGCAGUUCUACUCAUGUACAGCCGUUGUUUAACCAUUUAAACUUGUUGAAUUCAAGAUAGCAGCAUUGCACUUUUUAAACACAUUUUCUGUCUAACACUCAGACCGUACAAAACAUUUAUAACUUCAUUAGUUUGAAAUUGUGACCAUGGACCUUUUAACAACCAUAUGCAAAUGAAACUGGCUUAAAUUAACUGUCAUAACUUUAUAUAUAUUAAAAAAUGAUAUUAUGCCGCUAAUGACAUAACAUCAUAGAUCAUGUAUUAUGUAUGACGCAAGCUUGUUUGUCAGUAGUUAUUUUGAUUUUGUAAGGUUUAUGAAUCUACCAUAAGAAUGUAAAGUGAAUGUAAAGUGUUAUUUUCUUAUUAUCUUUUAUUUUUAUGAGAAAACAUGAUAAGGGUUUUUGGGAUUUAAAAAGGGAAAUCAUAAUGUUCGUGCUUUUACAGCUCUGCUUUUGGCAACAGAAUUUAUUUCCUCACCAUCUGCAGAGGAGUGUGAUCAGGCCUCAGUCAGUGAAUCAUUCUCCAAUUCCUUGUUUGGCUUUGCUCUGUGUCCACUCUGACCACACCGAAAUCUAUUUUCCUUAAUACUUGGGACGUCAGACUGCAUCAGGACCGGUGGGAAAGGGGGGGGGGGGGGGCGCUGUUCUCACCGCCAGAAAAUGAAAAGACGACAGUUAGAUUCUGUUACAAACUGUGCGGGGAUCCGGCUCACCUUACACUCUGUGGCCACUGCGUUCCAGAGUCCAGUAUGCAGAGAGCUUUCUGGAGAGCCGCCAUUACACCAUCGCCGCUAGUCUGUAACCGCGGUCACGGCGCUGCUCUCCGAUGACCCUCCUUCCAUCUCGCCCCGCCUUCCUAUCUCCACAGUACAAUAAUGUCCCAAAGACUCUUCCCCCUUUCUCUCUUUUCCUCGUCUCCUUUUUAAAAAAAGAACCCUGUUCGUUCCUCUGCCUGGGCUUGUUCUAGUCCCAGCGUUGUCGUGCGUGUGCUCCUGUCAGUGAUAGUACCUUAUGUGGAUCGCAUGCUUCAGCCCCCCAACGGGGCGUUCUGCAAACAAAGCUGCUCCCGACUCCUACCAGUCUGGCAUUAAUGGACAUCUGCACAUUCGCAAUCAUUAAGUCUUCAAAGGAACCAAACAUUAAAUAUCUCAAUACAAAUUUAUCAUAUGUGUUUCCAACUCUGUACUACGUCAAUAGGAAAUAAAUAAGCUUUUUAAUUAUA